GCGGCGGGCGGGGAUCCAGUCUUACGCGGGACCCAACCGCACUCUUCUCCGCCUUCAGUCUCGCCCGCGGCGAGCGCGGCGCUGCGAGCGCGGCCCGGCGUCCGCAGCGAAAGUGCGGCCGGCGUGCGGCGGGGUCGGCGCAGACGCGGCGUGCGGGCGGGAAGAUGGCGGCUGGCUUCAAAACUGUGGAGCCUCUGGAGUAUUACAGGAGAUUUCUGAAAGAAAACUGCCGUCCUGAUGGAAGAGAACUUGGUGAAUUCAGAACCACAACUGUCAACAUAGGUUCAAUUAGUACUGCAGAUGGUUCUGCUUUAGUAAAGCUGGGAAAUACUACUGUAAUCUGUGGAGUUAAGGCGGAAUUUGCAGCACCACCAGCAGAUGCCCCUGAUAAAGGAUAUGUUGUCCCUAAUGUGGAUCUACCACCCCUGUGCUCAUCGAGAUUUCGGUCUGGACCUCCUGGAGAAGAGGCCCAAGUGGCUAGCCAGUUCAUUGCAGAUGUUAUUGAAAAUUCACAGAUAAUUCAGAAAGAGGACUUGUGCAUUUCUUCAGGAAAGCUUGCUUGGGUUCUGUACUGUGAUCUUAUUUGCCUCGACUAUGAUGGAAACAUUUUGGAUGCCUGUACAUUUGCUUUGUUAGCGGCUUUAAAAAAUGUACAGUUGCCUGAAGUUACUAUAAAUGAAGAAACUGCUUUAGCAGAAGUUAAUUUAAAGAAGAAAAAGUAUUUGAGUAUCAGAACACAUCCAGUUGCAACUUCCUUUGCUGUGUUUGAUGACACAUUGCUGAUAGUUGAUCCUACCGGAGAAGAGGAGCAUCUGGCCACAGGAACUUUAACAAUAGUAAUGGACGAGGAAAGCAGGCUCUGUUGUCUUCACAAACCAGGUGGAAGUGGACUAACUGGAGCUAAACUUCAGGACUGUAUGAGUCGAGCAGUUACAAGACACAAAGAAGUAAAAAAACUAAUGGAUGAAGUAAUUAAGAGUAUGAAACCCAAAUAAACAGCCACCACAUUUUCAAAACAGAUUUGUAAAAACUGUAUUUGUUAUACUGUCCACAAACUUUUUAUACUAAAUAAAUAUCAAACUACAUUCUUCUGAAAGAUGUUUCUACUAUUUUUUAGGUCAUGUCCACGUAUAUUAUGUACAGCGAAACCAUUUUGAAAAAGCAAUGACUUAGGCAGUUUCCCUGUUUUCAUUUAAAAAUCAAAGGGUUGUGCUUCUGUAGAAAUAGCGAUGUAAAAUACUGACACCUUAAAAAACAGUAGAAACUCAA